UUUCUUUAAGGGAACGUGGCUUUCCCCGCCGCGUCCGUCUUCCUGUCUGCGUUUCUGCGGCGGCGGCCGGAGCCGGAGUCGGACCCCGAGCGCAGCGUCGCCAUGGACUCGGCCCUCAGCGACCCGCAUAACGGCAGCGCCGAGGCAGGCGGCGCGGCCAACGGCACGGCGCGGCCGCCUUCCACGCCCGAGGGCAUCGCGCUGGCCUACGGCAGCCUCCUGCUCAUGGCGCUGCUGCCCAUCUUCUUCGGCGCCCUGCGCUCCGUGCGCUGCGCCCGCGGCAAGAACGCCUCGGACAUGCCGGAGACCAUCACCAGCCGGGACGCCGCCCGCUUCCCCAUCAUCGCCAGCUGCACGCUCUUGGGGCUCUAUCUCUUUUUCAAAGUUUAUUUUCCCAGUAAAAGUUGCACAGGCUCAGUGUUGAAAACCUGGAAAACACAGAAAAGUAAAAAGGGGAAAACAGCAGUCCUCCAAAACCCCACCACCAGAGACAAUCACAGGUUCCCUGUGGAGAUAUUUUCCCAGGAGUACAUCAACCUCUUGCUGUCCAUGUAUUUCUUCGUGCUGGGGAUCCUGGCCCUGUCCCACACCAUCAGCCCCUUCAUGAAUAAGUUUUUUCCAGCCAACUUCCCAAAUCGACAGUACCAGCUGCUCUUCACACAGGGCUCUGGGGAGAACAAGGAAGAGAUCAUCAAUUAUGAGUUUGACGCCAAGGACCUGGUGUGCCUGGGCCUGAGCAGCAUUGUGGGCGUCUGGUAUCUGCUGAGAAAGCACUGGAUCGCCAACAACCUCUUUGGCCUGGCCUUCUCCCUCAACGGGGUGGAGCUCUUGCACCUGAACAACGUCAGCACCGGCUGCAUCCUGCUGGGCGGGCUCUUCAUCUAUGACGUCUUCUGGGUAUUUGGCACCAACGUGAUGGUGACAGUGGCCAAGUCCUUUGAGGCACCAAUAAAACUGGUGUUUCCCCAGGACCUGCUGGAGAAGGGCCUCGAAGCAGACAACUUCGCCAUGCUGGGACUCGGAGAUAUCGUCAUUCCAGGGAUCUUCAUUGCCUUGCUGCUACGUUUUGACAUCAGCUUAAAGAAGAACACCCACACGUACUUCUACACCAGCUUCGCAGCUUACAUCUUCGGCCUGGGCCUUACCAUCUUCAUCAUGCACAUCUUCAAGCACGCCCAGGGCACCAGCCACAGAGAAGCCACCUUUGAAUUAAUCAGAAGAGCUGUUUAUGGACCACUUACUCUGUGCCAGCCUGCUCUUCUGUACUUGGUCCCCGCCUGCAUCGGCUUUCCUGUCCUGGUGGCGCUGGCCAAGGGAGAAGUGACAGAGAUGUUCAGUUAUGAGGAGUCAAAUCCUAAGGAUCCAGCAGCAGUGACAGAGGGAUCCAAAGAGGGAACAGAGACCUCGGCGUCGAAGGGGCUGGAGAAGAAGGAGAAAUGAGGCGGCCAGUGCCUGACCCUCUGCGGGCCGGGCCAGGCAGCGGGGACAGACGAGCACAGGCCUGCUCGGGCAGAGGGCACAGGAGGCCUGGCAGCUCCGGGAGCGGGGCCUCCCGUGGCCUGGUUCCCUCUCCCCGCUUCUCUGGCCUUCCUCUGCCCCUUCACGUCCCCUGCAGGCAAAGAAAGCCCCCAACCUCCCCCCGCUCCUAGAGGCCAGGUGGGGAAAGUGGGUCUGGUUUUUAGAUUUUUGUAUUGUGGACUGACUUUGCCUUACAUUAAAAAUUCAUCCCAUUGCCCGGGCAGGCCACCAUGCCCCUGGAGGGGUUCUCUGCACCCAGCAUCUUGCAUUGACUUUACUAGCUCUCACCCUCCCACCCAGAAACUUCCCUGCAAGCCCCUUCCUGGGGACGGUGAACUCUUAACCUGGGAGAGAGGCCCUGACCUCCAGGUCCUUCCAUCCUCUUUGGGAGGUCCACCCAGUGCCUGGCCAACUCAGCACCCCAUGGAUGCCCUCUUGCCAGCAGAGGGGGCCCACGAGCCUGCCUUCAGUUCCCCACCCUCUGAGUUCUCCUUGCCACUUCCAACAUUUGGGGGCUAUGAGGCUGGGGGCAAGUGCUGUAUGUGUCACCCACCUACCCCAGCAAGUCCUCAAGGAGAGUAUGGAAAAGCCAACCCGACUUAGCAAGGGGACCGGUAUCUGCAAAGCUAGAGAAAUGUGCAGGGCCUUGUGGACCCCGGGGAUUAGUUCUGAUUUUAUUUGCAGGCUGGCAGGAGCCCACUUCCCCAGGCCUGAUGUCCAUAUGGCUUCAGCUGGAGAGCACUUGGACUCCAGGUCACCCUGUAGAUCAAGCCCCCGUCAUUCCUAUUGUGCUCAUUCCCUGGGUUCUUCCCAAAAUGACUGCAAGGCCAGAAGGAUCCUGUUGCUAGAAACCACCCACUCCACUCCCACAUGGGGGCCAGUCACAGCACAAGGGCCAGGGCCCCAGAGAGGCUGCCGUGGGAGGACAUGAGGCCCAGUGCUCCUGGAGGUGAUCCAGGCCCAAGAGCUGGAGAUCCCAGAGCCGGGGUUGCUGCAGACAGCAAGCAGCCCAGGCCUACAGGCGAACCUCCAGUGGACCAGGCGAGGCAUGGGCACAGCCCUUCUCUGUCUGCCUGGUGUGGGCUCACUGCGUGGAGAAGCGAGUGGAAGGGGGUGACCACUGGUCUGAGACUUCCAACCCCCAGCCCAGAGCUCUCUCCUGCCCAAGCUUUGGGUUCAAAGGCUGGGAAAACAGUGGCUUCCAGACAUUUUGGAGGUGGCCGGAAGUCAAGUAUGAGCAGAGGAUAGGAAGUAUCUGUGUAAUGAUCACACCUCCAUAUAGGAUCUCCCUUCAUUUCUGUCUUACGCUCCUGGUGCUAGUCCUAGGCCCCUUGUGCAAAUCGAGGUGGGUCACCUGUGGAUAUGGACUGGGCAUCCAAGCAAUCCACACUGAAUGCCGAAGUUCCUAAGGACUAUGUGACUCUCCUCUAGCCCCCAGGCUGGCGUCACUGAUUGCUGUUCUGGGCACCUUUGAGAUGGCCACCCAAUUUCUCUGGGCCUACAGGGAAGGAAAGAAAGGGUAGGAAAUCUCAGAGGUUUCUCUCAGCCACGGGGUCCCCUUCAGGGGCUUCUUGGAUCCCCCCCGCCUCCUGCUGCCUCCAGAGGGGAGGCCGUGUGGUCCUGGAACAAGGCCCUUCUGAGGGCAGCAGAUGGGGCAGGCAGCCCAGGCACACAGCAGGGUUGGCUCCGCGGCCCAGGGCCCACAAAGGCCUCAUUGAGUCACCGCCGGCCCCCGGCGGAGGCUGAGGUGGCAGUGGCGCCGGGCGCCUGCCACCUAAUGACCGUCCUGGCCCGGCCAGAUGUUCCACAGACCUCGGCAGCGGCCAUCCAGGGCCCGCCCGGCCAGCCGGCACCACAGAGGCCACUCUAAUUCCAAUUAACCAGCUUCAGCUGAGCAAACAGCGGGCAGCGGUGGCCCAGCCCGGGCGGUAGGCCCGGCCCGCAGAGCCUCCGAGUCUAGACUCCAGAUGUGAACCGCCACCGCCAGAGUCCCAUGGAAAGAUGGCACCAGGCCGGCACGGACGGGGCCUGCUCGCAGGAGAGGUAGGGGUGGGUGGCUGGGCAGGGCAGGGGUGGGCCUGGUGCCAGCCUCACCCUGGGGUGAGGGUGGAUUCUUGAGAAACUGCUCCAAAGCCCCCAAGUUCUGUCCCUGAGAGAGGAACCAUUCCGGGGGGGGGGGGAACCCCCAUCUCGGUAGCGGGGGUUCCAACAGGGAAGGCGUGCCCCGUGGAGAGCCCUAAUACAAUUUCGUUUGUAUUUCA